GCUUGGAACACUUUAAGUUGAGCCCAAGUUUGGUAAUCGAAACGGUAGUUGGGGCCAGAUGUUAUAUGCUAAGAUGGUGUUUGGCCCUGGAAGCUAUCUUUUACUCUUGCUGUUAGCCUUUGGACAACAUAUUAAUGCAAUUAGUUCAAGGGCUCAGGGCUCGACGGGCAUAAAACCUUAUUUCCCUUCAGUCGGCUUCUUUGAUCAAGGGAAAGACAUCCCUGCUCAGCUUCAGAGUGAUGGUCCUGCUGGGACCGCUUCCUUUGGUUCUCCUGCUAGUCCUGGGAGUGCCUACAAUAAAGUGUCCACACACCUGAUCUUCCAGAGGCCAGUGAAUGAUGAUAAUGAAGACUUGCAGUCCAGAAUUGACACCAGCAUACCUUUCCAUGGCUUCACAUUACAAGCCAAGAAACCGAGGUCCGACACACCUCCGCAGCAGGCUAGCUACCAGGUGCCCCCCAAGCCGCAGCAGCAGGCUAGCUACCAGGUGCCCCCCAAGCCGCAGCAAUAUGCUGGCUACCAGCCGCAGCAGCAGGCUAGCUAUCAGGCGCCCCAAACUCCGCCACAGCAGCAGGCUAGCUACCAGGCGCCCCCAAAGCCGCAGCAGCAGGCUAGCUACCUGGUUCCCCCAAAGCCGCAGCAGCAGGCUAGCUACCUGGCGCCCCCAAAGCCGCAGCAGCAGCAGGCUAGCUACCAGGCGCCCUCAAAGCAGCAGCAGGCUAGCUACCAGGCGCCCCCAAAGCAGCAGCAGCAGGCUAGCUACCUGGUUCCCCCAAAGCAGCAGCAGGCUAGCUACCUGGUGCCCCCGAAGCAGCAGCAGCAGCAGGCUAACUACCUGGCGCCCCCAAAGCAGCAGCAGCAGGCUAGCUACCAGGCGCCCCCAAAGCCGCCGCAGCAGCAGGCUAGCUACCAGGCGCCCCCAAAGCCGCCGCAGCAGCAGGCUAGCUACCAGGCGCCCCCAAAGCCGCAGCAGCAGGCUAGCUACCAGGUGCCCCCCAAGCAGCAGCAAUAUGCUGGCUACCAGCAGCAGCAGCAGGCUAGCUACCAGGCGCCCCCAAAGCAGCAGCAGCAGGCUAGCUACCAGGCGCCCCCAAAGCAGCAGCAGCAGGCUAGCUACCAGGCGCCCCCAAAGCAGCAGCAGCAGGCUAGCUACCAGGCGCCCCCAAAGCAGCAGCAGCAGGCUAGCUACCAGGCGCCCCCAAAGCCGCAGCAGCAGGCUAGCUACCAGGUGCCCCCAAAGCCGCAGCAGCGGGCUAGCUACCAGGCGCCCCCAAAGCCGCAGCAGCAGGCUAGCUACCAGGCGCCCCCAAAGCAGCAGCAGCAGCAGGCUAGCUACCAGGCGGCCCCAAAGCAGCAGCAGCAGGCUAGCUACCAGGCGCCUCCAAAGCAGCAGCAGGUCUACCAGGCAGCCCCUGAGCAGACUAGCUACCCGGCGUCAACCCAUCUGUAUCAAGACUACCAGGAGCCCCUCAAGCCCCAGCUCUACAGGGUGCCCCGCAUUCAGCAGGGUUACCAGGGAACCCCAAGCAGACUAGUUACCAGGCGCCCCCAAAGCAGCAGACUGGUUACCAGGCGACCCCCAAGCAGCAGACUGGUUACCAGGCGCCCCCAAAGCAGACUGGUUACCAGGCGCCCCCAAAGCAGACUGGUUACCAGGCGCCCCCAAAGCAGACUGGUUACCAGGCGCCCCCAAAGCAGACUGGUUACCAGGCGCCCCCAAAGCAGACUGGUUACCAGGCACCCCCCAAGGACACUGGUUACCAGGCACCCCCCAAGGACACUGGUUACCAGGGGCCCCCCAAGCAGACUGGUUACCAGGCACCCCCCUGGCAGCAAACUAGUUACCAGGCGCCCCCCUGGCAGCAAACUAGUUACCAGGCGCCCCCCAAGGAGACUGGUUACCAGGGCCAGCACCAUACGGUAUCUCCAUGAAUGACUUCUGCAGUCUGCAGCUUCCCGUCUGAAAAUAAACUGAUUCUUAAAAACUGUUUAGUCAUUGUCUUUGCUUCGGUUAAUAAGAAUUUCAGUGUCUUGACAUCGUUUUCUGUUUGGUAAUGAGGUUACAGGACAAUUGUCCACUGGACUUGUAUCCUUGUUGGUGGUUCAUACUGCCCUCGCUGGCUGGUUUAAGGCGGAAGGACACUUUCAGAAAAUCUGGAGCAGAAAUUGAAGCUCCUCAUCUUCUGAGGCAACCGCCUCCAUUUGCUCGAGAGCGACUGGAUACAUCCCACCUCUAUCAUACUUGUUUGCAGGCUACACUUAAAAUAUCUAAAGGACAUU